ACACCGCUUUGGAGACACCCUCCUCCCCACUGCUCUGUCUCUUGGCGCCCUGCCUGGUUGCUGUGGAAACAGGUUCCACUGCGGACAAAGGAGGGAGCUGGGUCCUGCUUCCUCCUGGUCCUGUCGAUGAGGAUUUUUAGACCGUGGAGACUGCGCUGCCCUGCCCUGCACCUGCCUUCUCUCCCUGUGUUCUCGCUCAAGUGGAGCUUGCCCUCCCUCCCCACUGACGAGACCAUGUGUAAAAGCGUGACCACAGGUGAAUGGAAGAAGGUCUUCUAUGAGAAGAUGGAGGAGGCCAAGCCAGCCGACAGCUGGGACCUCAUCAUAGAUCCCAACCUCAAGCACAACGUGCUAGCCCCGGGCUGGAAGCAGUACCUGGAAUUGCAUGCCUCAGGCAGGUUCCACUGCUCCUGGUGCUGGCACACCUGGCAGUCGCCCCACGUGGUCAUCCUCUUCCACAUGUACCUGGACCGCGCCCAGCGGGCGGGCUCGGUGCGCAUGCGCGUCUUCAAGCAAUUGUGCUAUGAGUGCGGAACCGCGCGGCUGGACGAGUCGAGCAUGCUGGAGGAGAACAUCGAGAGCCUGGUGGACAACCUCAUCACCAGCCUGCGCGAGCAGUGCUAUGGAGAGCGUGGCGGCCAGUACCGCAUCCACGUGGCCAGCCGCCAGGACAACCGGCGGCACCGCGGCGAGUUCUGCGAGGCCUGCCAGGAGGGCAUCGUGCACUGGAAGCCCAGCGAGAAGCUGCUGGAGGAGGAGGCGACCACCUACACAUUCUCCCGGGCGCCCAGCCCCACCAAGCCCCAGGCCGAGGAGGGUUCUGGCUGCAACUUCUGCUCCAUCCCCUGGUGCUUGUUUUGGGCCACAGUCUUGCUGCUGAUCAUCUACCUGCAGUUCUCCUUCCGCAGUUCUGUCUGAUUCCCCCAUGGACUCGGGGGGCCCAAGGCCUGUGGGGGCCAGUCAGCUGGAGGGGAGGUCAAAGAGCGACCUGGGCUGGGAGUGGGGUUAAAUUCUAGGGCUGGUACCGCUGCUGACUGCAUGGGGGCCCUGGACAAAUCGCUCGUCUUUACCAUCUAUAAAAGUAAGCUUUGGCCUGGAUCGUUGGUUUUUCAAAGUGAAACACAGGGCCCCAAAGUUCUGCAUAGGUCCCCCAGGGACUUUUGGAUUUGGAAGUUAGGCUGAGGGAGUAGAUUUCCCAUCCUGGUCAAACUGCUCAUUCCCAGCUCCUACUUUCUCCUCUUGCCUUAAUCAGAACAGAUCUGUCUUGGAGUUUCGUUUAAGAGUUGUGGAUGAAAAUAGGUUUAACUGCUUUAAAAGAGAACAAAAAAGCUUGAAAAUGACAGGACUUGGUGAUCUCAAAAGGCCUUUCUGGAGUGAUGAGCUCAUUCUUGCUUUUAUGUUAAUACCCUACUCUUCUCCCUUAUUAGCUCCCACAUCUGGGGCUGCGACAUUAAAUCAGCCUGGACCUAGUGUAGAAGCCUCAUGAACAACUCUGCCUCCAUGCACACAGCAGAGGUUCCUUUUGAAGAAAGACAGGUGGGCACUAGGCUGUCCCUUUGGUGCCGGGUACCCAGGGUCCCUUGUUUCUGUUCCCCAGAUCCCCCAGCUUCCAGCUUCCCUCCACUCAGGGUGGAUUCUGAGACCUGCCUGGGGCCGAGUCCCAUAGAACUAGGCUUCCCACCUAAUGCAUAUCAACUGACAGAGAACUUAGGGGAGGUUUAGAAGGGAGAGUGUUAGAUGCAAAGCACAAAAUCCUUACAAAGCCAAUAUACGACUCUCCAUUAUAAUGACAAAUCUGCAGAGUUCAGGGACCCAGCCUGCCUGAUUCUUAGCAGUUCUGAUGGUCACAACGCAGGGGCAGGGGCCUGGCCUCCUGGGCUCCUUGCUGAAACCCUACUUGAGAGGCUUUCCCACACUGGCGAUGCAUCAGUCCUCUCACCAACCAUCAGCUGUCCUCCUAGAACCACAGGGAUGGGGUGUCAUUAUCAAGAGAGAGAGCAUUAAAGAUGGGAAAUGCUUUGCCCAUAGAGAAGUGCAUAGAUAUGUAGGAGAAACUUACAUCACUUUAAAAUGGCAUGUGGUCUGGUUCGGGGUAGGAGGAAAGACUUUUUGAUGGUAGGAGUAUGGGUUGGGCAUGGGGGGAAACGGAAGGCAGGAGGAGGGAUACCACCUUGCACUUUCAAGGGUCCUCAUUCACCUCACCUCUGUUAAUAACUUGACUCCUCCCACUUCCCCUCCUCCUCCCUUUUGACUCUUCCCCUUUUUAAUGGAAAACUACCACCAUCUGUAGUGGUGGAGGGGGGAGGGUCACAUAUACAAAGAUGGGAUACUUUAAUAAAGACGGGAUCUCUUCAGUCAGGUUUAGCAGUCAUUAUUGUGUGCCUGAGAUUCACCACAGUGUCCCUAAAAAAUGUAAUGGGCUGUUGGGUCCCCCCCAUCUCCACUCCCCAUCUCCCCUUUCUGGGGAUCUCACAUAAGGCUUUAUCUAGCUCCAGUUUCAAGGUCGGGGCCAAUCAUGUCCAUGCCCAGGAAGGAUGUGGGCAGCCCUUAGUCAGUCAUCUGGGGGACUCAGCCUGAGGCCAGUCUUACCUUUGCCCUCAUGAAAUUCUGGUACCUGGCUGGUGAUUCAUGCAGUGGUCAUCCCUUUAUCUAUCCCUUUAUCCACAUGUCCUGAACAACACCUUCUGUCUGGCAAGCCCUGAUUUGGGUGCUGGGAUCCAGUGGGCACUAAGUGGGCAGGCUCUGUCUCUCAGGGAUCGCUGCUUAUUGCAGGAGUUCUCAGCCCUGGCUGAGAUUUGGAAAUGCUGGGGAGCUUUUGAAGAAAUAUCAGUGCCUACCUCUACCUCAGACCAAGAGAAUCAGAAUUUCUGGGCAUGAGGCCUGAGCAUUUGAAUUAGAAUAAGACUUCUGGGUGACCCGCCUGUGCUGCCUGGUCUAAUCUUUCCCACCGAGGAACAGGCUUCCUUCUGCACCUAGUCUAACUGUAAUGAGCCUGGAGGUCAUCCUUGAUGACCUGCUUUGGAUUCUCUAGGCCUAGGACUCUGCUUCCCUCCUACUCCCUACUUCCUGUCCCGGGGACUCGACUCUCCCUCGGAACUCCCAGUUCCUUCUUGUUCCCCUGCUACAGUGGCUUUGUCCUGCUCUGAGAAUCUCCAUUAUUGAGCUCUGUCACCCUUGCCAGAUGCUCAUCAAAUUUUGAUAUAAUUCUUUCCUAUGGCUGUACUCCUCCCUGAAAUGUGGCUUCAGUGUGUAAGUGACUUAUCUUGUGUCCCUUUGCCAGCUAGUGGCAGAGCAAGGAAUAUGACCCUCACCUAGUUCUAGCUCAGACCUCUUUCUUAAAGCAUGAAGCCUCUUCCUCUGCUGUAAGAAGGUGUCUACAAUCUACGGAGGCCUCCUCUGUCUCCCGUAUUUUUCUUAUUCUUGCUGCAGCUGGGGUGGCUGUAGGUUUGCUCACUGGUCUGACCCUCAUCUCAGCAAAGACUUCUCUGGGGCAGUUCUUCCUUUGCCCACAUUGCCCCAUGCCCCAAGAUGAACUUGUUAGAUGUGCUGUAGGCAUUAUAAGAAAAUGUCUCGGAGACAUUUUAGGACCCCAGCCCUCUCCCACUGGAGCUUUUGAGUGCAAGAUAUCUUGCUGUGCAAACCAGGAGCAGACCUACAGGCCCUGACUUGUGAUUCCAGAAGCUGAAAUCCUCUGUGUGGGGUCUGCAGACAGUGCAGCCUUGAUCACUGCCCUCAGACUCAUUGGGACAGGGCCAGCCCCAUGGGAAAAUAAUUCUUGGGGGUCAGGACAAUUUUCUACAUAGUGAUUCAUAGACCAGCAGAGCUACAAGACAGAUUCAAUCUAGGGCCUUUAUGUCACAGGUAAGGAACAGAGGCCUAGAGAGUGGAAGAAACUUGACCAGCAUUACAUAGCACAGAGUAAAGGAAGAUGAUGUAAUUCAGGGUUAAGAAACCCCUGAGUCCUGGUUCUUAUAAGCUCUAUGGCCUUAGGCAAAUUACUUAAACUCCUUGAGCCCCAUUUUCCUUCUCAUCAAAAUGGGAAUAAUUCUUGUGACUUACCGGACUAUGGUAAGAAAUAAAUGACGCUCUGUUGGUAACAUUGCCUGAUAGAGAGCCUGUGGCCGUCCUCUUCCUUAUUCCCUUUUCCCUUUCAGCUGGGAGCCUCUCCUUUGAGUCCUGAGGGGGCUCUUUCUCUCUGUGCUGGAGCUCUGUUGGUAAAUGUUUUAGUAGGACAAAAAAAAAAGAUCGAGGAGGAAGGUAAGGGUUAAGCUCCCAGCCCAUGGCUGAGACCUGGUUUGUGUUAAUUUAAUAUGUGUAGAGUCAUUUCUUUUCUUCCCCUCAAAUUUAUUUCAAAGCAGUGACUUAAUUUUUCCAGUGGCAUGGUAGCC